UCUGUGACGUCACUUCCGCCUUUUCACAAACAGUGUUGUAAGCCGUCAUCGUCUUGUUCAUCCUUUGAACACAUUUGCUAAAAAUUCGUCCUCUUUUAAUUCACCGUUUUUAUUGUUCUUGACAAUGCCGGGAUUUUCAGACAGAGACCGUGGCCGAGAUAGAGCAUAUGGUGAGGGACCUCCUCGUUUUGGAGGUGGAGGAGGAGGCAGGGGAGGACCGCCCCCGCCAAAGUUUGGCAACCCUGGAGACAGGCUAAGAAAGAGGCACUGGAACCUUGAUGAGCUUCCUAAGUUUCAAAAAAACUUCUACCAGGAACAUCCAGAUGUCACCCGAAGACCAGUUCAAGAGGUUGAGCAGUACAGACGAAGCAAAGAAGUUACAGUCAAUGGCAGAGAAUGCCCCAAACCAAUUAUAAGGUUCCAUGAAGCGGCAUUUCCAAACUACGUCAUGGAUGUGAUCGUCAAACAAAACUGGAUCGAACCAACCCCUAUUCAGGGUCAGGGGUGGCCAGUUGCUCUUAGUGGCAAAGACAUGGUUGGCAUUGCGCAAACCGGCUCUGGGAAAACUCUUGCUUACCUUCUACCUGCUAUUGUGCACAUCCAACAUCAACCCUUCCUGGAGCAUGGUGAUGGACCAAUUUGCUUGGUAUUGGCACCUACACGUGAGUUGGCCCAGCAGGUGCAACAGGUCGCUGCUGAAUACGGCAGGGCCUCUCAUCUCAAAACCACCUGCAUCUAUGGGGGUGCACCCAAAGGACCCCAAAUUAGGGAUCUCGAGAGGGGAGUUGAGAUUUGUAUCGCUACCCCGGGUCGUCUCAUUGACUUUCUGGAGUGUGGCAAAACAAAUUUGCGACGUUGCACCUACCUGGUGCUUGAUGAGGCCGACCGCAUGCUCGACAUGGGAUUUGAACCACAAAUCCGCAAGAUUGUGGACCAAAUACGGCCAGACCGUCAGACUCUGAUGUGGAGCGCCACUUGGCCCAAAGAAGUUCGGCAGCUUGCGGAGGACUUCCUGAAAGACUAUGUACAGAUCAACAUUGGAGCGCUUCAGCUUAGCGCUAACCAUAAUAUCUUGCAGAUUGUUGAUGUUUGCAAUGACAUAGAGAAGGAGGACAAACUGAUUCGAUUGCUUGAGGAGAUAAUGAGUGAAAAAGAGAACAAGACAAUUAUUUUUGUAGAGACAAAAAGGCGGUGUGAUGAGAUCACCAGGAGAAUGAGAAGGGAUGGGUGGCCAGCGAUGGGAAUACAUGGAGACAAGAGCCAGCAGGAGAGGGACUGGGUCCUUAAUGAGUUCAGAUACGGCAAAGCACCAAUCCUCAUCGCCACAGAUGUGGCCUCCCGAGGCUUAGAUGUGGAGGAUGUGAAAUUUGUCAUCAAUUAUGACUACCCUAACUCCUCUGAGGACUAUAUCCACCGCAUUGGACGCACAGCCCGGAGUCAAAAAACGGGCACUGCCUACACCUUCUUCACCCCCAACAACAUGAAACAGGCUAGUGACCUGAUCUCUGUGUUGCGUGAAGCCAACCAGGCCAUUAACCCUAAGCUUAUCCAGAUGGCAGAGGACAGAGGAGGUCGUGGAAGGGGGGGACGAGGUGGCUACAAAGAUGACCGUCGAGAUAGGUAUUCUGGAGGUGGGCGGCGUGAGAACUUUGGUGGUGGCGGCUACAGGGACAGGGAAAACGAUAGAGGGUUUGGAAAUGGGCCGAAGGGUGGUUUUGGAGGAAAGAUGCAAAAUGGGGGCACCUAUGGAGGCAACGGUGCUAAUUCUAGUGGUAGUUAUGGCAACAAUUAUAGCAACAGCAAUGGCCCAGGAAACUUUGGUCCUCCAUCCAAUCAGGUGGGAGCUUUCGGGAACCAAAAGUUCCAGGGCCCCUCUCAAUUUGGGGGCAUGCAGAGGCCUGUCCAGAAUGGCAUGAACCACCCGUUUCCAUACACCCCUCAGCCACCACCACCGCCACAGACUCAACAGCCACCACCCCCACGUCCAAUGGUACCCUACCCAAUGCCACCACACUUUUCACAGUAAUCGCCAUACAAUCUAUUGAACGCACUUGUUUUUGUUUGAUCGACGAGUGAUUCUUUAAAUAUAUUUGUUAUAAAUAUUAUAUGUUUAACUCUGUUUUUGCUUGCAGCAGGUUUUGCGAUUAAUUACGUAUUACCAGUGCGUCUACUACAGACUACAUUUCCUUAGUUUUUGUGUUACAUUCCUUAGUUAUUUAACUAGGUGAUGCAUUAUGAGUUUGUGCUAUAAAUUUGUUAGUGAUGUGGUGAUCAAUAUUUAAAUGGUGGAUAUGUCCCUGUUUUUAAAUAAAAUAAGAAAAGGGGAGUCAUGGCUAUUUUUGGGGGGUUGAAUUGAGGGAAAAUACAUUGAAUGUGAUUCCUCUAGGGCAGUGGUCCCAAACCAGUGAAGAUAAUAAAUAUUAGAACACCCUGCUAUAUUGAGAGUUCUCCCGCUUACAAAUCAUGGAGGGGUCUGAAAUUUCCAUCGUAGGUGCAUUUCCAUUAUGCGAGAAAUCAUCUAAAAGAAAAAUCCAGAAAUCACAAUGUAUGAUUUUUUUUUUUAACAAUUUAUUUAUGUGAUACAGCAGCAAAUAAGUAUUUGAACACCUGAGAAAACCAAUGUUAAUAUUUAAUACAUUAGCCUUCUUGCAAUUACAGAGGUCAAACGUUUCCUGUAGUUGUUCACCAGGUUUGCACACAUUACAGGAGGGAUUUUAGCCCACUCCUCCACACAGAUCUUCUCUAGAUCAGCCAGGUUUUUGGGCUGUCGCUGCGAAACAUGGAGCUACAGUUCCCUCCAAAGAUUUUUUUAUUGGGUUUGGGUCUGGAGAUUGGGUAGGGUACACCAGAACCUUGAUAUGCUUCUGAACGGAGCCACUCCUGGGUUUUCCUGGCUGUGUGCUUCGGGUCAUUGUCAUGUUGAAAGACCCACCACUCCUCCACACAGAUCUUCUCUAGAUCAGCCAGGUUUUUGGGCUGUCGCUGCGAAACAUGGAGCUACAGUUCCCUCCAAAGAUUUUCUAUUGGGUUUGGGUCUGGAGAUUGGGUAGGGUACACCAGAACCUUGAUAUGCUUCUGAACGGAGCCACUCCUGGGUUUUCCUGGCUGUGUGCUUCGGGUCAUUGUCAUGUUGAAAGACCCAGCCACGACUCAUCUUCAAUGCUCUGACUGAGGGAAAGAGGCUGUUCCCCAAAAUUUCACAAUAGAUGGCCGCGGUCAUCAUCUCCUUAAUAAAGUGCAGUCGUCCUGUCCCAUGUGUAGAAAAACACACCCAAAGCAUGAUGCUACCACCCUCAUGCUUCACAGUAGAGAUGGUGUUCUUGGGAUGGAACUCCUCAUUCGUCUUCCUCCAAACAGUGGAAUUACGACCAAAAAGUUCCAUUUUGGUCUCAUCUGAUACAAAACUUUUUCCCAUGACUCCUCUGUAUCAUCCAAAUGGUUAUUGGCAAACUUAAGACAGACCUUGACUUGUGCUGGUUUAAGCAGGUGAACCUUCUAUACCAUGCAUGAUUUCAAACCAUGACCUCUUAGUGUAUUACCAACAGUCACCUUGGAAACGGUGGUCCCAGCUUUUUUCAGGUCAUUGACCAAGUCCUGUCUUCUAAUUCCUCACCUCUCUAAGGAUCACUGAGACCCCACGAGGUGAUACCUUGUGUAUAGAGGCCCCAUUGCUCAGUAGUUACAGAGUAUUGGUUUGGGAAACCAGGGGUCGUGAGUUCGUAUCUCACUGGGGCCUCUACUCCCCAAGAGGGGUUGAGUCAGGAAGGGCAUCCGGUGUUAAAAUUUGUGCCAAAUACACGACAAAAAUAAAUUUACACGAUCGUCUUAAAAAUGAAUGUCAAUUGCAUGGUUGAAGCACGUUUCUAUAGCUUUUGAUGUUUUGGGAACACUUAGCGGUGAUUCUUUGAAAAAUUUGCACAUCAGAGACACGAACAAAGAAUGCCUGACAGAAUUUGAUUUCAACAAUAUAAAAGAUAAAGGACUGGAAAUUUAACCAGUCUAUUUGACACAGCUUUCUUCUUUGGGCCCAUAAUAUCAAAAGAAGGGCAAAAAAUUUGAAGAUAUUCCCGGCGCACAAACACAGACAAGUGCUAUGCACUUAAGAUAGACAAAGUACUCUACUGGUGCAACAGCAGCUAUUUUUUGGAGUGUAAUAGCAUUGCAGACGCCGAGGAUCCCGUAAGAGAUGCCAGGAACCAUGGACUAAUCCCCCAAACAUUUACCUGCACUGCAUUUACAUGCAAAGAGAAUUUCUGUUAGUAAACACCCAGACUCUUUAUCUUUAAAAACCAAAGACCAAGUCCGAGACCUCUGUGUUCUGAUUUGAUUCCGACCUGAUUUUCAACAAUCAUGAAAUCAAUCACAAAAACUGCCUUCUACUAUCUGAAGAACGUAUCUAGAGAGAACUCUUGUAUGUGUCAAACAGAACAGGAAAAGCUCAUCCAUCCUUUUAUCUCAAGUAGACUUGACUACUGUAAUGGUCUUCUGACUGGAUUCCCCAAAAAGAGCAUUAAACAGCUGCAACUCAUUCAGAAUGCUGGAGCUUGCAUUCUGACCAAAACAAAGCAGUCAGAGCAUAUUACUCUAAUCCUAACGUCCUUGCACUGGCUUCCAGUCAUCUUUAGAAUAGAUUUUAAAGUUCUGCUACUGGUCUAUAAAUCACAAAAUGAUUUAGGUCCUGAAAGAAAGGCUUACGGAAUACAAACCCAGUAGAGCUCUGGGAUCGACUGACUCAGGUCAAAUAGUGGAGCGGAGAAUCCAAAGCAAACAUGGUGAAGCAGCAUUUAGCAAUUAUAGUGCACACAAAUGGAAUAAGUUGCCACCAGAAGUGAAGACACCCCCAAGUGUGAAUGUUUUUCAAUCGAGGUUAAAAACUUGUUUUUUUCUCAUGCUUUUUAGAAUAUAUCCAGUUUUUGAUCAUAUUACUUGCACUGUAUGCAGUUUUUAUUGUAUAUUUUUUAAUAUUGUGUGUGUCAUUUUUAUUGUUUUUAUCCUAUUUUAAAUGUUUUAUCUCUGUUUUCAAAUGCCUUUAAUCAUGUAAAGCACAUUGAGUUACCUUGUGUAUGAAAUGCACUAUACAAAUAAUUUUGCUUUGCUUUGCUUUCCUUUGCACUGAUGAAAACAAUGUCCUUUUGAAUUUACCAUAAUUUGAUCAUGUACAUAGGCUGACCUGAUUAAAUUGUUAAAAUAACAUUUAUCCCUCCCCUCACGUCAGUUUAGCACAUUUUAAUCAUCUGCAAUUGAUGUACACUUUCAAAUUCAGUAACUUCA